CGGUUAUAUAGGAGGAAACAUCGCUCUAACGUACUCCAAUAGCGACGUGCACUUCAUUUCAUAAGGAGCACAUCAUUCGUCCGUCAGUGCCAAGCCAAUCUUCCGGUCGUGCUUUCUAUGUGAUCGAUUUCCACCAAAUCAGAUCCACGGAUACAGUUUGGCGAAAUGGAUCAGUAUCAUCCAGUCCCACCAGGACUCAUGUUAUCCAACAUUAAAGAAGUACCAUUUAUAAAACUCGAUGACAUGAUACUCGAGUUCGAACUGGACGAUCCUAGCCCGGAAUUUCAAGAAAUCGCGAAGAAGGAAUUAAGAGAGACUCCCGAGAUUCAAAAAAUGUCGAUAGCACGUCUGCAGGAAUUAUUAAAAGCCGAGAAGGAUCUGAAAACCCCAUUGGACCACGAGGCUUGGUUGAUCAGGUUUCUGAGGCCGUGCAAGUACUAUCCUGAGUCGUCGCUCACUCUCGUCAAGAACUAUUACAACUUCAAGGUGAAACACGCGUCCGUGUACAAUAAUUUGAAGCCGAGCACUGCGAAGAAUAUCUUCGAGCAUAACAUCCUAACCGUGCUGCCUAAUCGCGAUCAGCACGGCAGACGCAUGUUGUUAGUUGAGCUCGGCAAAAAGUGGAAGCAUAAUAAAUGCAGUCUCGACGAGGUCUACAAAGGAUGCGUGCUGUAUUUAGAAGGUGCCAUGAUCGAGCCGAUCACGCAGAUCGCUGGCGGGGUCGUCAUAUUUGACUUGGACGGCCUCAGCCUCCAGCAAGCCUGGCAAUUCACCCCACCAUUUGCUAAGAGAAUAGUCGAUCUGCUUCAGGAGGCGAUGCCUCUUAGAAUCAAAAACAUACACAUCGUUAACCAGCCGUACGUAUUUAACAUGGUGUUCGCUCUGUUCAAACCGUUCCUGAACGAGAAAUUGAAGAACAGGAUAAUCUUUCAUGGCACCGACCGUAAAUCAUUGUAUCAAUAUAUACCACCGGCAUAUUUACCGUCGCAAUUCGGUGGUACACAAGUAUUGAAACAGUUAUCCGGGCCCGAAUGGUACUCAUUGCUGAUACAAGUCGACAAGGAAUUCGACGCAAUCAAUUCGUAUGGCUAUAAAAAGAAAUAAUUUCUCAGUCACUAAAUUUAAUCACAGUAAAAAGGUAUUUAAAAUAAUUACGGAGAAACAAUUACACAACGAUUUUUCCGAGGAGAAAUAUUCUAUUUAGCAUCGAUUACGACGAUCGUGGACUAUUGUUCACCCUUCGAAACACCCUAUAACAAAGCCUUGCUCACGUUAUAAAUUUAUUUAGUUCAAUAUUAUGUAGUCUUUUAAUUUUAAUUUUUUUUUGUUUUCAGCAAUUCAGUAAGACUACAUAAAAUAAUGCAACAAUGCAAAAAGAGCGACAUAACCGUUAAUAUCGCAAUAAUUAUGUCGCAUUAUUUUCGGACUUUUUUAAAUCUUGAUACGGCAAAAUUGGCACCGUAUCAAUUAGAUAUCAGUGAUCUCAUUUCAGAUUUGUAUUUUUGAUUUUUAUCAUAAUUUCAAUUACUCUGUUAUCAUGCGAUAAAUAUAUUAUGCAUUCCGUAAAUUUUGUACAUUGAAUGACAUAUUCAUAUAUAAUUUAUUUAAAGUGUAUACAUAUGUUAUAUGUAUAUGUAGUUAGCUAUUAUUAAAAUUUCUAAAACUAUAUAUAAGUUAUGUACUUAAAUAGCAUACGUUCGAUACGUAGUUUUGGUGUAAAAUUGUAAUAAAGAAAUCAUUGCUAUUGUGGGUUUGA